ACUCCCUCUUGUAGCCUUGUCCCUUUUCCUCUUUAAUUUCUGAUUGUUCUUACCUCAUUUCUACUUCACCCAAAACCUUGAAGAAAAAAAAAAGGAAAAAAAAACUCUUCCUACCAAUUAUUAAUUUCCUAAUCCCAAUACUACUACUAGUAGAGUAGUAGUGUACUAUCACUCCCAAAUAUAGCACAAACACAUCCAACACGUUUUUUCUUAACAACUUCAAACUCACCUAUUUUAAUUUUUUCCCAAAUUUCCCACCCUCUUUUUCACUCAACCAAACAUGGCACAUCCAAAUUAUAGCACCAAAGUUAAAGAAGAUUUAGAGGAACAAGAGAGAGAAAAUGAAGAAUAUAACAAUAAGAAUAACAAUAGCAAUCCUCUUUCUCUUGACUUAAAUCUUUGUUUUGAGCCAAACAAGGAAUUAGGUGGUGGUGAUUGUGUUGAUGAUGACGGCGGUGACCGUAAAAUUAACGGUGAAGAUGUAUUACCACCAAACAAUAGUAGAGUAUUCUCCUGUAAUUAUUGCAGGAGGAAAUUCUUUAGCUCACAGGCACUUGGGGGUCAUCAAAAUGCCCAUAAGAGGGAGAGGACGAUAGCGAAACGCGCUAUGCGGAUAGGUGCUUUGGCUGACAGGCAUGUGAGUUUAGCUUCUCUCCCUCUUCAUGGCUCUAUCCCUUCUUCUGGUUCAUUUCCGAUGUCUUCUAGACCGUCUAUUGAUAUUCGAGCGCAUCAUGGAUCUAUGAUGAUGAUGAUGCAUCCGCAUCAUCUGCACCCGCCGAGUGUCCAACAUCAAAAUCAUCAUCACGAGGAAGGAAUGAUCGUUCAUGAUCCUAGCGGCGGCAGCGGAACGGUGGCCAAAUUUGAAGGGCAUAGUGGGUAUUUACUUGGUGGUGUGCCGGUGUUUAGCGCGGUGCCUUUUUGGCCAGGAAGUUUCAGGCAGGUGGAUGAUGAGGCUGACAGCUCAGCUAUCACUAGUAUUUCUAAUAAUAAUAAUAAUUUUAGUAAUACCAAUAGUAAUUACAAUAAUUAUCACCAGCUGGAAUAUCCAGAUUCUUGUCCUGAUCUUACAUUGAAGCUAUGAAGGAAGUAUUAUCAUUAUUGUUUUGGGGUUUAAUUUUUUUUGAUGUUGCUUAGAUUUUUCUUUUUCUUUUAGUUAUGUGGUAAGAGAAUUAAUUGUUCAGGGGUUAAAGCAGGGCAGAAUUAUUCAUUAAUUUUGAUGAUGACUCUUUUUGUUGUGUC